AUGUUCUCUUCUGCCUACGCUCUCGCCAUCUUCUCGUCGCUCGCCGUCGUCGUCCAGGCUUUCAACCUCGCCAUCCGCUCACCGAAUCCCCACUCCCACAAGAGUAUUACCAGCCAGAGUGUCGCGUUCGCCUGCUUCAGCGGUGAAAGCGGCUGCCAGUGUCCCACUGACCUGAACGGCGACAGUGGCGUCCUGAUCAACGUCUACCCAGGCUACCAGUGCGCGUACCCGAACGGUGCCUGCACCUGGGACGACGAGACCGGCGCUCUCCAGAACAUCGACCAGACUAACUGCCCAUCUUCUGCGCCUUGUAGCGCGGCCGGAGACUGUUCAUGUCCGUUGGAUAACGACGGGGACAUAGGUGUGCUCAUCAAUCAGUUCACUGGCUACCAGUGCGCGUACCCGGAUGGUGCCUGCACCUGGGACUUUGACGGCAACCUCGAGAAUGCUCAACAGACGAAUUGCCCCACUGACGCCAAGUGUGUUCAAACAGGUAGCGACUUUUAA